AUUACGACCUAAGGCGCUUGGCAGUUCGUUUUUUCUUGUUUCAUAUUUUUUUUUAGAUGUAGCAACUACUUUUCUUGGGCUUUAGAUUCCAUGAGUAUAGUUUUUUGCGUGUGGUCAUGCGAUGAAAAAAAGAAACGCUUGUUGUCAGUGAUGUCAAGGGAAGAAGGACCAAGCGCGAAAAUUAGCUUGGGUGCCAGAUUGCUGUUACCACACCAAAACAUAGUAUGCAGAGAAAAAAAAAAAGCAAGAGAUGAAAUUGGAACUUUAAAGGUUUCAUGUGAGGAUUAUAUGAAAGUGAUACAGCAUGGGUAACAAGAAGGCCUUUGAGUGUACACACUGCAGUAAGGUGUUAUCUUCCAAGCGGAGCUUGCAGGAACAUGAAAGAAUCCACACAGCUGAAAAGCCAUUUGAGUGUUCACUUUGUGACAGUAAAUUCACUGCUAAGGGAAAGCUCCGUGAUCACUUGAAGACACACACAGGUGAAAGACCAUUUGAGUGCUCAUAUUGUCAGAAACGUUUUUUUUUAAGGUCUCAGUUGACAGUGCAUGAAAAAAGACAUACAAGUGAAUUUCAGUGCUCCUAUUGUGAGAAGAAAUUUGCUGACAAGUUUGUCUUACAGUCACAUGAGAGAAGUCAUUUAAAUGAAAAGAAAUACAGUUGCCCACAUUGUGAAAAGAAAUUUAUAAGCAGUUCUGCCCUAUGUAAUCAUAAGAAAUGGCAUGAUGGUGAGAAAAAGUUUGAAUGUUCAUUAUGCCCUAAGAAAUUUUUAACAAAGAAUUGUUUGAAAAGACAUAUUGUAAUCCAUACAGGUGAAAAACCAUUUCAGUGCUCAUACUGUGAUAUGAGAUUUAAUUGUAGGUCAAACUGCAAAGCUCAUGAACAAAUUCACACCAGGGCUCAGCUAGACAUUAUCACUCCCAUAGAUGAAAAAAAAUCGGAAUGUACGGAAAUUUUUCAAGAUAAAUUGCAAAGUGCAAAGAUGAUUGAUGAGAUGUCAUCUAAACUUCAUGAAGAAGAGAAAAAGCCUCCCAACGUUACACCAGAGGAUGAAAUGUCCUCUCCUUCCCAGCUUGUAUUGGAAGGUUCUCUCACAAAAGAAGAGCGUCCUAAAGAGAAUAGUUCAAGGACAGAGGCAGGUGAAAAGCCCUUUCAGUGUUCAUAUUGUGAAAAGACAUUCAGGUUUAAGGGAAACAUGGUAAAUCAUGAGAAAAGGAUACAUACUAAUGAGAAACCUUUCCAGUGCCUACAGUGUAAAAAGAAAUUCAUAACCAGGUAUGAGUUAAAAUUCCAUAAGUUGAAAGUUCAUUCUGAGAGGGAGUUUACUUGCCCACAUUGUAGUUACAAAUUCCAGAGUAAAGCCAACCUACAGCGACACAUAAGAGUUAAUACUCGUGAAAAGCAUGUCAGUUGUUCUUAUUGCAGUGAAAAAUUUGAAGCAGACUGUGCUCUCAAAGAACAUGUAAAAAUUCACAUAACUCUGAAAGUAUUUAGCUGUCAACAGUGUAAUGCAGAAUUCACAACAAAAUCUCUAUUAAGUAAGCAUGUAGAAAUUCAUGCAAGUAGUGACUGUCUGAAGUAUGAAGAGGAGCCUGCCAGUCCAACUUCUGUUAAAGACUCUGGAGAGGAGGCCUGGAAUGAAAAUAUGGAUGAGCAAAAGUUUUGUAUUCCUGAGGUACAAAGAGGGAUAUCUUCCACUGCAGGUCAUUCUCAAAAUGAUUCAAGUUCUUAUUCACAGACACAUACAGCGGGAAAAAUAUAUGGAUGCAUGGAGUGUAAAAAAGAGUUUACACUAAAGACCGCUUUAAGAAAGCAUGAAAAUACACACCAUGGCAAGAAGACUUUCCAGUGUUCACAAUGUGGAAAAAAAUGCUUCUCCACAGUGAUGCUGAAAACACAUUUGAAGGUUCAUACUGGGAAGAAUGUAUUUGUUUGUCACUAUUGUAAUGUGGAGUUUGCCACAGACAAAAUUCUAAAAAAACAUAUAUUAUUGUAUACUGCUGAAAAACUCUAUAAAUGCCCUCAUUGUGAUGCAGUAUUUGAAGCAAAGUGCAUUCUUAGAGAGCAUGUGAGAAAUAAAGAAUGUGAUAAAAAGCUUAACCAGAAUGCUUUGAUACACACAAAAAAGGACAAAAGUAAGACAUUACUUACAACCCUUUUGAGAAGAAUUAGAAAGAGCAUGCCACAGGAAGAGACAGGUAAAGAAAGAACAGACCUGAAAUGUCUUCCACAAAUAGGGGAAUACUCGCCAGCAGUAAAUUCAUUGAAGGAUGAAGAGUCCCCUUCUCCCCCAAAGGUACAAGAUAUAUGUUUUGCUAAGGAUUGUCAGUGUCCUGAUAACUGUAGUUUACAUGCCAGUACAGAGAACCAUGAAAUUCUGUUUAGAUGUUCUCAUUGCAAGGAAGAAUUCAGAGUUGAGAAUGAGUUAGUCCUGCAUGAAAAGACACAUGCCAAAGAUACAGCUUUACAGUGUUCGCAGUGUGCACGCAAAUUUGGUUCAGAAAAUGAUUUAGUGCAGCAUAAAAAAACACAUAAGGAUAAAGAGGAGUGUAGAUUCCCUUCAGAAGAACACACACAAUGCAAAGGGAAGGUGUCCCUUACUUCUCUUUUAAGAAGACACCGAAAGAGCUUACAGAGUGGUGAAGUAGAGGUAACAGACCAAGUGGAUGUUCCUCAAGUUACCAAAGAUCCCCCAUUGUGUUCUGCUUUGGAUUGUCCCAUGCCAGUGGAAGAAAUGAAUGAAGAAAGAACAGAUCUGAAAAGUCUUCCGCAAAUAGAAGAAAACUCCCCAGAAGCAGAUUCAUUGAAGGAUGAAGAGUCCUGUCCUUCCCCAAAGGUACAAGAUAAAUGUCCUGCAAAGGAUUGUCACUGUCCUGAUAAUUGCAGUUUACAUGCCAAUGCAGAGACACAUGAAGUUCUCCUUAGUUGUUCUCAUUGUGAGGAAAAAUUCAGAACUGAGAACAACUUAAUCCAGCAUGAAGAGACACAUACCAAAGAUAGAGCUUUCCAGUGUACACAGUGUGCACACAAAUUUGGUUCAGAGAAUGCCUUAGCACAGCAUGAAGCAACACAUAAAACUAUACAAAGGAUAAAAGUUUUCAGUGUUCCAUUUCUGAGUGUAGAUUCCCUUCAGAAGAACACACACAAUGUAAAGAGGAGGCAUCCUUUACUUCCCGUUUAAAAAGGCACCGAAUGAGCUUACAGAGGGAAGAAGUAGAGGUAACAGACCGAGUGGAUCUUCCUCAAGUUUCUGAAAAUAACCCAAAAGAUUCAAUGCAGGACAAGGAGCCUUCCGCUUCUCUCAAGGUACAAGCAGUGUGUCCUGCUAAGGAUUGCCACUGCCCUAAAAAUUGCAGUUUACAUCCAAGGAAAGAGAUAGAUAAAAGAUUGUUUAGGUGUUCACACUGUAAGAAAAAAUUUA